CGCAAGCAGGCCCAGGUGUUGUGCUGGUGCAGGAUCUAGUGAGAAGUCAGGAGUGCUCCAAGCACCUCCAGACACUGGGGUACCAUCCUGCUGUCUCUCAUUCCUGAUCAGAAUUUAUAAUUGUGCUCAGAAGGCACCAUCAAAGGCCCCUGAGGCUGGCAGUGUCCUGCCUGCAGCAAGGAGCAGGACCUGGAAGAUCUUCUGUCCCUGGUAUUGGGUUGCCUAAAAGAGCCACUCAGCAUCUGGUGACUGUCAGAAACCAGUUCUCAAGGAGAUUUCUUUCAAAUAUUUUGCUUCAAAAAAUAUCCUCUGGUCAGGAUUAUCAACCUAAUGGUUUAGACACAGAAACCAGAGAUGAACUAAUAAGUGCUCUGUUCUAGCACAGGCAGUAGAGCCCAUACAUUCAGUAACAGACACAGAGCUGAUGCACUCUGGGGGAAAAUGCAUCACCUGCCUGCUGGCAGGGCCCUUGUGGAUCCUGCAGGUCUUAGGCAGGAAAUGGAAAAGGAUGAAAUGCAUUCUUUCCCAGUUCUUUAGACACCCAGUGCUCACCCUGGGCUUUGAACUAAAGCAGUUCAGCGUGGACAUUUGGGAUUUGCUCCAGCCCAAUUCCUUCCUGUUGGGUCUCAGUUUUCUCUUGCACACCUUGCAUGGCAGAGGGCUGGUGGCUGCUGCGCUGUUGUUGGAAGGGUCAAUGCACCCAGGUGUUUGUGAACGCUGCAGGCAGCAGAGAUCUCCUGUCUGGGCUGGCUUUCACUGCCAGGGCCUAAAGCGCUGCCUCUUUCUUCUCUGCUGUUUUGUCUCCAGGGCUUUCAGAACCGUUUCUAAAGGACUCGACAGGGCCACAGGAGGAGAGGUGGCCAUAAAGAACAUGAGUCUCAGAGGGCAGAACGGGGAACGAGCUGUGAAUGAGCUCCUGCUCCUGAAGGACAAGAAGAACCCCAACAUUGUCAACUCUUUGGACAGCUGAGUGCUUCAGGCCUUAUCCCGUGCACGGGCCCUGCCUUAACCUUUCCUAGCAUCCGGAGUCUGUAGCCUGUUUUGAAAAAGCCUGACCCUGCCAUAUCCUCCCAAAACAACAGCCUAGCCGUUCGCUCCCUCCAUGUGCUUUCGUUGCUUUGGUUUGGUUUUCCUUCAAGUUGACCCUGUUUUCUGUGUCUUACAACAAGUGCUGAUAAACUACAGCAGAAAUUAUUUCCCUUGGCUUCUUCUUCCCAGCCCUCUUCCAUUGCUGCAGAUGCCAGGAAGACCAGGUUCUUGUUUCCAGAAAUGCCUCAUUUGCCCAUUUGUCACUGGCCUUGCCUGUUUCUGAAGGGACUUUCUGAAAGGUUUUCUGACCCCUUUUGUCCCAAGUACUGCACGGCCUCCUCCCCUGGAUAAGCCUGGGAGUUGUGUUGCCUUGUUCUGGAGGGAACGGUGGAACUGAUGAAUUCAGAAACUGAACCAGCUGGGGGGCCAGUGUUGUGGUUCCACAUUGAUCUGGGCUGUUGCUAAACUGCAUUUCUCACCUGCUUGCCAUCUAAGGCCUCUCCUUUCUAACAGGUGUCUCCUCCUUUAGACUGUGCAGAUUCCAAGGGCUGUGCAGCCUGGCAGGAAUGUCUCUCCAUCUGAUCCUGUCCUCACUGACAAGUGACCUGGAAACAAUGCUCCACUCCAGGCUUUUCCAUGGGGGAAUUGAGCACUGCAGAUUGGUCUCCAUGCCAUUGUUUUCCUCUUCCAGCUUCCUUGUUGACGGAGAUCUCUGGCUGGUGAUGGAAUACAUGGAUGGAGGAACUUUGCAGGACGUUGUCAGACAGACAGGCAUGGCUGAAGGAGAGAUGGCAGCUGUCAGUCGGGAGUGUCUGCAGGGCCUGGAUUUCCUCCAUGCGAAGCGGGUGAUCCACAGAGAUCUGAAGAGCUCCAACAUCCUUCUGGGAAUGGACGGCUCUGUCAAGCUGGCUGAUUUUGGCCUCUGCGCUCAGCUCAGCCCUGAGCAGGACCAGCGAAGGUCCAUGGUGGGCACGGUUCACUGGAUGGCCCCAGAAGUUGUCACCAGUUCUCCUUAUGGCCCCAAGGUGGACAUCUGGUCCUUUGGCAUUGUGACCAUCGAGAUGGUGGAAGGAGAUCCUCCUUACUUCAAGGAAACGAGGGCCAUGGCUCGCACUCUGAUCCGGCAGAACAGGACCCCGCAGCUGCAGGAGCCCCGGCGCCUGUCGGCUCUGCUGCGGGACUUCCUUGAGUGCAGCCUGGAGCCAGACGAGGAGCGGCGCUGCUCUGCCCAGGAGCUGCUGCAGCAACCAUUUUUAUCAUCAGCCAAGCCUCUCUCCAGCCUGACCCCUCUGAUCACCACAGCCAAGCAACUGAGGGAGCAGCGGAGGAGAUGAAGCACUGGAGGACAGCUCUUAGCUACAGUAGUUAGUUAGGACAACUAGUUAGUCAUGGGAGUUAGCAGUGCUAGUUGGUUAUGGUAGUUAGGACAGCCUGUUAUGGUUCUUAUGACAGCCUGUUUGGUAGGGCAGCUUUUUGAAUAAAAACUCUCUUAAACCUCAA